UGCGGACGUUGUUCGUUUUUUGCUUCGUCGCUUCGGUUCAGUUUGAACAGACGUCUUCGCGGGACUUUUUCGAAGCCAGCAAAUAGACUUAUCGGGCCCAGUGUCUGAGUUCGAGUUCGUGUUUGAGAACUAAAUUCAAGUUCAAGUGCAAGUGAAUGCUAGUUGUGAAUGAAGCGAAUUAAACAAGGAAUUUUUCUGCAUAUUUCGUGUUUGUUCGCAGUUAUUAGUUAGUUGUUGCGUGCCGAGGGAAGGGGCAAAGAACCCAGCAAACCCUUUAAUCAAUUUUCAUUUAUUGGCAGGCUUCAGCUGAUUUGAAUAUUUUUCCAAAACACCCAAACUUGAUUAGAUUGAGCGCGUGUGUGUGUGUGUGUGGUGUGUGUGUGUGGUGUGUGUUUGCCAUGUUUAACAGUCGCCUGCCGCAAGAGGCGUGAUCGAAAGUGACAUUUUUCAUAAUUUUUCGAUUUACAUGCCUUCGCUCAUCAGAAUUUUACGUACCAAGUAGCUUGUGGCCAAAAUAAACUCAACCAAAGGCUUGUGUAACCAUUAGCAAAGAUGCUUUUAAAGUGGCUGCUGUUCAGCUUGUGCAUAAUGCCGGCCAUGUUCAGCAAUACGAGAAGGAAGUGCCCCAUGGAAUGUAGCUGUAGCAUUGAUGAUUUGAAUCGUUAUCAGGCCAUCUGCACGAAAGGUGGGUUGAGCUCCUUAUCUGCGAUUCAGCUGGAUGUUGACGUGAAGGUAAUCAUUAUACGUGGACCUCGUAACUCUAUAACCAUUGGACCGGCACUGCGUCAGUUUAUGCAGCUGCAAGAGUUACGCAUCACGGAUUGUAAUCUGCCAGCGAUUGGGUCGGAGUCCUUUUGGGGCCUUAAAUAUCUGCGCAUAUUAGAUCUAUCGAAGAAUAACAUCACAAACAUAACGGAGAAUAACUUUCGUGGUCAGGAUAAUCUGCAUGAAUUGGAUUUAUCAAAAAAUAAAAUUUUACGCAUGGCCAGCUCAACAUUUCGCCAUCUGACGGAUCUGCGACGUCUUAAUUUGGGCGAUAAUUCAAUUGUGGAGCUCGUGCAGCGCAACUUCUUCAUGCUGAGCAGACUCAAGUACCUGGACUUGAGCGGAAAUCCGCUGCAGGAUUUACAGCCGGAUGUCUUUCGCGAUGUCUCCGAGCUGAAAGUGCUCAAGUGCCGCAAUUGUCAGUUGAAAAAAAUCAAUCCGCAAUUGUACAAUUUAUUGCCGCUUUUAACCGAAUUGGAUAUGGGACGCAACGAGUUCAAAUUCCUUGACAAGGAUGAAUUCCGCGACGUGAAGCGUCUCACAAAAGUUUUACUCGAUGGCAAUCAAUUGUCUGUGGUCGUCGACCAACUCUUUCGCAUGCAGAAAAGUCUUAAUCACUUGGAUUUAUCGUAUAAUCGGUUGGCCAAAGUACCGAAUGAUUCGUUCCUUCAGCUGACCAAUCUCACAUUUCUCGACCUCUCCUACAAUAAGCUGGUGCGUCUGGAGCCGCAGUCAGUGCGCAGCUUAAGCAACUUGAGGUCGCUGAACAUCAGUGGCAAUGUCCUUAUGGAUUUAAAGGAUAUGCAUGAAACAUUUGAGCUGAUACCGGAUCUAACGCAUUUGGCUAUUGCGGAUAUGGGUCAACUGCCGGUUGGAUUGCUAAAACCUUUUCGACAGUUGCGCUAUUUGAAUAUAUCCGGAAAUUCAUUGGACAACAUGGCAUUGCAGGUCAUCGAUCCGUGUCGACAGCUUGAGUUUUUAGACCUAUCACGAAAUCAAUUAUAUGGCAUCAAUGCGGAUACGGCGCUACGAAUUCAGGGUAUACGCAAUGUGAGGCUGGACAAUAAUCCGUUGAUAUGCGAUGAAUGCCAUAUGGGAAAAUUAAUAAAUGUCGUGCGACAACUGCAGUGGAAAUGGGAUACGUAUCCAAUUUGCUUUUUGCCAAAAAAUUUGCGUGGCGCUGAAAUAAUUAAUUUGGACAUUGGCGGGCUGCACACGUGCCUCGAUUACAUCAGCGACGAGGAACAGAAUGCGGCAAGCACUUCAUAUAACUUUCUCGAACAUGGCGGUCUUAAUACUUUGGCUAUUUUGGGUGGCAUCAUCUUUGUGCUGCUUGCCGUCAUAAUCCUAUCACUGGUGGCCUGUUUCUCCAAGAAUCGAGCACGCUACUACACCAGAGAGGAUCAUCUGAAUGGCAGCGAGAGCAAAUGUUUGGAAAAGAAUUUGGAAGCGACCACAAUAACGACACUGGGCAAUGGCAGCUCACCGACAACAACAACCACUUUGACACUCGCCACAUCGCCAGCAGAAGCAACCGCGGCAACAGCAACAACCCCAACAGCAACAACAAUGGCAACACUGGCAACCAACACAAGCACAACAAAUGGUCAUAUUCAGAGUACAGCAAAUGGCAGCACGCCAUCGCAUGCCGCAAGUGGUGGCGGCAAGGAAAUCAACUUUACAUUUCCCAUUGAUGAUCGUGUUUGCACCAUUGAUGAACUAGUGCUGCCACCGGCGCCGCCGCCACCGGCCGUUGCCCAAGUGCAUCCACAUCCCAGCAUGGGUCGCCUAAUGUACAGUGCAUCGCAUUCGCCCAACAACAGCAUGAGCAAUUGUGCAACGGCGCUGGCAGCGGCAUCAGCGGCCGCAACGGUAAUUCCAACUGGUGCCCCAUCGCCCAUGUUGCCAAUGGUAUCGGGUGCCGCUGAGGCUGUGGUUGUGGUGCUGCCACCACCGGCACAACCAUCGGCGACGCAGCAGCAGCAGCAGAUGGGUAGUUUGGCCAGUCUGCGCGAGGUGCAGCAGCAGUUGGUGCAUUUGAGCAGUACGCUGGAGCCACUGGUCAGCGUUAACUGACCCAGGAGCUUAGCACCACCAGCAGCAGGAGCCGCCUCAACCGCAGCAUCAGUGGGUAAGUUUGCCAAGCAAACAUUCGGCACGACAGCGACGUAAGCCACAGGAGAGUUUCCCACAGGACCUGAGCAAUAGCUCUUCGGCAAACGUGGCGUAUAAUUAAUGAGCGUUUUUUUGUUUUUUUGGUUUGUUUUCAUUGGGGUCAAAGUGAUGUGAAGUAAUUGGGAUUUGAGUUCUAGUAAUUAAGUUCAUUUAUCAUUGUUGCGCAUUCCCCCCUUCAAAACGCCAGAGCUUUGAGAAUGUCUUCAAAAAUAAACUUAAAAAAAAGUUCGAGUAAAUGAAGACAUUUGCUUUUGAAGCUGUUUAAACUGGGGAAGCGUGGGGGAAGGAGAAUGUAAGCACACACAAUACGCAUUUCGAUCUUUGAGCAUUUUCCAUACAUACCCAUGUGUACUGCCAUUUUGCUGUUAAUGAUAAAUAUUGCUCAUACGCAGUGUAUUACGAGCGUUUCAUUUAUAUCGUAGUUUUAUUUAUAAAACACUUUUUUUAUAUAACUCUGCAUCUGUGUGUAUACAAAAUUGUGGACAUCACUGAAUACACAAUUAAUUAAAAGAAAAUAAAAACAAGUAGGCAGCUAGUUCGUAAGCAAAAAAUGACACACAUUUUAAAUGUGAUCAAAGUAAAUUUUGUAAAUAAAACCAAGAAGUUGAAUGGAAUUCUUAAUAAGAGCAAUGCGAAGAAACUGAAAUGAUUAAUGAUUAUGAAAUUAAUUGAAAACUGUACAUUUGGCAAAUGCGAUUCAAAAUUGAGCAGCCGCUGUUUUGUUUAGGCUAACCACUAAAUUAUACAUUUUCAUAAGUUUUCGAUUAUAAGUAAGUACGUAAAAAUUAGCACUUAGCUAGUUGCAUAGAUUUUAAACACAUAUACAAAAUAAAAUCACUAAAUUAUAAGAAAUACAAAAAAAAAUAUACAUUAGAAUAUGUUUAUUAGCAUACAAAUGAAAAUAACUCCAAUCAUUUAAAUGUUCACAACUGAAACCCAACCAUUUAACCCAAACGAUUUAUUUUUAUUCAAUUUCCAAUAAAAAGAAGAACAAAAGCUUCUGUAAA